CUUCAGCUCGCAACAGGAAUUUUCCUCCCUUGCACCCAGUUUCAGAAUAAUCUCAUCGUUCAUUCAGUCAUCCUCAAAAGCCAUUCCAGAACUCAAGACCACCUCAGCCUAGUAACACUACACUACGUCUGCAGGAAUCACAGAGCAAUAUUCAUACUUUCCAGGUUUCCUUUGGCGCUGGCGCAACGAUCCCUUACUUUCUACGAUUCACAGCGAGUAGCACUCACCACUCACUACUCAUCAGGCCGCUGGUUCUGGUUCUCAACUUUCCAACAUCUCCACGUCAUUCAAUCGCCCACCGAUUCCCGUAACCAAUCGAUAUUGCACCGCACCAGCACCCGCUGGCUGUGAAGAUCCAGUCUUGGCUUAACACGAUUCCAUUUGCAACAAUAUUUUAAACGUCGCAGCCUGGUCCUUUUCUUUCGACGAAAACCGACGACGUCCAGGCAACAAUCCACUUUCCCCUCAUCUAUCCGGCGCCAAAUCAAGUAUCGUCUCGGCACCUUAUCAAAUUUGACAACCUUGACGACUACAACCAUCUCGCACGCGACUUCUAGGCCAAAUCAUCAAUCACUUACCUUCUGAGAAACUUUCAAAAUGUCCAAACUUCUCAACGGUCUGCUUAGGGAGCAACACCACCAGAACCAGCAUAGCCUCGGGCCCGGCUUCGGCCAUGGUCAUGGUCAUCCGCACUCUUCCGAAUUCCACGGUCCCAACCGGGACCACAUGAUAAGCGCAAAGGCAGCGACUCUGAUUCUCCGUGGUGUGAUUGCGACCGGACCCGACCCAUCCUCGGCUUUCCGGACUUCUUCACCUACAUCUGGCCCCAGCCCCACAUCCCGGCCCAACACUAGUUCCGGCCACAACCCGACCAGCUCACAGCUAUUCACCCUUUCUUCCCAACAGCAACAUCAAGACCAAUACCGAGUCCACACCCAGGGCCAACAACACGGUGCGGCCGAGUACGAGUACGACGACGACGAUCAUUAUGAAGAUGAUCAGUAUGACGACGACGAAGCGCCCACUUCUGCUGCUAGCAGCUUCAGCAGCACUCACGGCAGCGUCGUAGUCGGCGGCGGCAGUUUCUGUAGCAGGGACUGGUUCGAUGCUCGACAACCUUCUGCUGCUGCGGUGGCGGCGGCGACUGCCUCGUUUGGGUCUUCGACCACGAGACCGGCGUCGUCGUCGUUAUCGUUGCCGCACAACCCGUCUGUUCCGAGCGGGGUCCCCAGAUCGAUGGUUGCUGCAGGCGUCGGAGGCAUCGGCAUUGGCAGCGGCAGAGAAAGUGUUUGCGGAGUCAUGCAGCACCCCCACCACCAACACUCCAGGUCUGUACCGGUUCUAAUGUCAAUGAAGGACCAGUACAGCCGGAUGGCCAUGAUGCAGAACGCUCGCAAUGGGAGCCGAGGGUAUUUGGAUGUGGAUGAUGAAGAGGAGGGAGGUGAAGAUGAACGGGGAUUCGUAAUGCCAAACAGCAAGAGGGCUCGGCGAGGCUGAAUUUGCAGCUUGAAAAAACAAACUGGGAGGGGGAAAGGAGGGGGAAAAGUUCGCAGCUAAAGAGGGAUUUGAAAUGAAAAGUAGGCAGGUCUGCUGCAGGUGGAUGCGGGUGCGCUGCACCUGAUUCUACCAAGCCAAGGGAUGCAAUGGACGAACAAGGAUACGGGGCAAGGAAAUGAACGAAUGUGCAAACGACCGAACGACUUUUACGACUCAAAAGCAUUUAAUGUAACACGAAAGGGAGAAAGAGGGAACAAAGGAAAUGAUAGGGGGGGCAUGACAUGAUAUCACAGAAAAAAAAGACAUGAAGGGAAAACAACCGGGCGUGAGCACAUGCUUUAUACGAUGGGACGAGGGAAACAAGAAGAAGGGGGGCCAAAGCGAGGUGUCUGGGUCAUGGAAGGGGUACAGGGUAUUCCGUCAAGAGGGUCAGGGUUGGCUUUUAUUUUCUUCUCACACAGACAUGGCGGCAAGAGACGUGCAGACUUUUUCUUUUCCUUCUUACCACGACGGCAGAUAAAGGAGGACACAUAUGAACGAAUGAUGAGGAAAGACGGAAAAAAAAGUCAUGAUAAACAUACGUAGGUUAGGCCAAGCAAGGGUAGGUAGCCACGUCAUCACUUCAAAUUCCAGAGACGUGUCUUGGCAUGAUGAGAAAGAACGAAGAGACUUUGCCUAGCAGACCGAAGCUCAAGAGGCUGUAUAUCAAAUCAAGCAAGAACAAGGCCGAAACCAAAACCACUCAGGAAAACGUCGGGUAUUUCGCUAACAUGCGCAACAUCAAGACCUAUCAUGACUAAGCCCUAAAUCCAGUAUUUCCC